AGAACUUUUCCAAAGGAUUCCUUGAGGUUCAUUGACGUGCUCCAUGGUCGCAUCAGCAAUGAUGAACAGGGCCAAAAUAGGUUCGUUAAGCGACUUGAAUAGACUCAAAAAGGUCUCAUCACUAUCAAGGUCAUUGAGAAGAGAGAGUGCAAAGUUUUUGCCCAAUAUGAAGAAAGCAGAACUGAUUUUCAUCCCUGCACCUGGAAUUGGCCACCUAGCGCCGUCUGUGGAGGUAGGAAAGCUCAUCGUCAGCCGUGAUGACCGGCUUUCCAUAACAUUCCUUAUUAUACAGCCAUGGAGUUCUGACUCCAAAGUUGCCACUUACAUUGAAUCACUUGCUUCCUCCACCUUAUCCCACCGUCUCCAAUUCAUCAAAGUGCCUCGUCCUGAGCCAAAACCCUCAGAAAAGCCCUCGCACUUAGGUCAGUUGAUCGACCUCCAGAUACCCCAAGUCAAAGAACAAGUGACCAAGCUUUUCCAGACCCAAAAUCGUCCUCAACUUGCUGGCUUCGUUAUUGAUAUGUUAUGUACAUCAAUGAUAGACGUGGCCAAUGAGUUUUAUCUUCCCACCUAUCUUUACUUCACCUCAAGCGCGUCUUACUUAGGACUCGAGUUUCAUCUCCAAACUCUUCAUGAUGAGCAAAACGUGGACAUUACAGAGUUUGAUGGCUCAGAUGCAGAGUUACAGCUGCCAGUUAUGUUGAACCCAGUUCCAGCUAAUGUCUUGCCAACUUCUUUUCUUAGCAAGGAUUGGCUUCCAACUUCCUUGUCUUAUGCAAGAAGCUGCAGAGAAGCCAAAGGUAUCAUCAUAAACACAUUCAUGGAGCUCGAACCACUUGCAGUGAACUCUCUUCUAACCCCUCCGGUGUACCCGGUUGGACCAAUUUUGAGUCUCAAGACUGAUGUUACUGAAAGCACAGGUGAGGCUGACAAAAACUCUGAUAUUAUGAAAUGGCUUGAUGACCAACCUCCAUCAUCUGUGGUGUUCCUGUGCUUUGGGUCCUUUGGAUGCUUUGGUCCAGACCAGGUGAAAGAAAUUGCAUCUGCACUGGAGUUAAGUGGGCAUCGAUUCAUUUGGUCUUUACGCCAAGCCCCAUCAAAGGAUGCAGCCUCUUCACGUCCUACUGAGUACACUAAUGUUGCAGAAGCCUUACCAGAAGGAUUUUUAGAUCGAACGGCUGGGAUCGGUAAGAUCAUUGGAUGGGCACCACAAGUUGCAAUACUAUCUCACCCUGCAAUCGGAGGGUUCGUGUCGCAUUGUGGAUGGAAUUCAAUUCUGGAGAGCAUAUGGUUUGGUGUUCCAAUUGCUGCAUGGCCAAUGUAUGCAGAGCAACAAUUCAGUGCCUUUGAAAUAGUGGUGGAGUUGGGAUUGGCAGUGGAGAUUAAAAUGGAUUAUAGGAGGUCUGUCUUUGACAAACCUGAGGGUAUUGUGAGCCUCAAGGAGAUUGAAAGAGGAAUUACAAGCCUUAUGGAGCCUGAUAGUGAGAUAAGGAGAAAAAUGAAGAAGAUGAGUGAAUCCAGCAGAUUGGCUUUGAUGGAAGGUGGGUCUUCACACUCUACUCUGGACAAUCUGAUAUCUUUAUUAGUUAGUGGUGGUAAUUUGUCAUAGAAAUAUGACCAUCACUGUUGAUGGUUCCAUUUUAAGGUUUCCUUCCUUUACUAUUAAGACUUUUAAUGCAGCAUUUCCCUUAACGUUUU